AAAAACAGUGAACAGCUGUAAGUACAAAGUUAACCUUACAUUUAAACUAAACAAAUGGUUUUUAUAACUUCUACAAAUUGAUAUAUACAUAUGACGAAGUAACGUGCAGAAGCAUUUCAUAACAGUCAUGCCUAAAAAGUUAAAAAUCGCAUUUAUUCAUCCUGAUCUUGGAAUAGGAGGAGCUGAAAGACUGGUUCUGGACCUGGCAGGAGCCCUAACUCUUUUAGGACAUGAAGUAAGGUUCCUUACAAAUCAUUUUGAUCCAACUCAUGCAUUUGAUGAAGUAAAAAAUGGAGAUUAUCCCGUAGAAGUAUAUGGAGACUGGUUACCAAAAAGUGUUUUUGGAAGAUUUCAAGCCUUGUGUGCCUAUUUCCGUAUGGUAUACAUGUCUAUAAUUUAUAUAUUAUUCUUUAAAAAUAAUAACAAACCGGACCUUUAUAUUACAGACUCAAUACCAGUAGCAAAUGUAUUUUUAAAAAUUGCUGGUGAGAAAGUAAUUUAUUACUGUCAUCAUCCUGAUUUGCUUGCUAGUACUCCUGGAGGAGAACUAAAAAAAUUCUACAGAAAGCCAAUAGAUUGGAUAGAAAUGAAGACAACAGGAAAAGCGGAUGUUAUUUUAGUUAAUAGUGAAUAUACUGCUUCAAUAUUUCGUAAAACAUUUCCAAGCAUACAUAAAGAUAUUCAAAUUUUAUAUCCUACAAUUGCAAGUUCAUACCAAAAAACAGUAGAAAACUUAAAAGAAGCUAAACCAAUACAAGAAUUAGUACCACAAAUCAAGAAAACAGGUGAGAUAAUAGUAUUUUUAUCAUUAAAUAGAUUCCAUCCCGCUAAAAAGCUGGAAUUUGCUAUUCUAGCAUUAGCGAAGUUAAAAAACAUUGUUUCUACAGAAGACUGGGAGAAAAUUUACCUUAUUAUAGCUGGGGGUUAUGAUCCGCAAUUUGCGCUCAAUGCAAUUACAUACCUAGAUUUAGUUAAUUUAACAAAAGAGAAGCAAUUAGAAGAUAAAGUAAUAUUUCUUAAAUCACCUAAUGAUAAUUUAAAGGCUGAGCUACUAAAAUCUUGUACUUGUUUGUUAUACACACCAGUUAAAGAGCAUUUUGGUAUUGUUCCAUUGGAAGCAAUGCUAGUAUCAAAACCUGUUAUAGCCAUAGAUAGUGGAGGGCCUAGAGAAACAGUGGAGCAUGGAGUAUCUGGCUAUCUUAGUGAACCCUCAGGAGAUAGUAUGGCUGAAUUUAUGUCUAGAAUUUUAUCUGACAAUAUGGAAGCAAUGGGUGCUAAUGGUAGGAAAAGAUUAGAUGAGAAAUUUUCUUAUGAUAUUUUUAAGAAGAAUCUUAAUGCUGUAGUUAAUAAUUUAAUGGAAAAUGAUGUAAACAAGAUAAACUAACAGUAAUUGGUAUAUUAAACAUUAUGAAAAUG